UGCAGUCUGUUUUUCCUGCAGCACGAAAGUCUGGACCGGGGAAAUCGGUCCCGAAAACCCGAACCAAAACACUUCUUUGGAUAAGACGCGUUUUUCAUAAUUCUUGAAUAUCAGCUAUAGCCAAGUGACGUCACGGUGGAACGAUUUUUACACUGGGAUCGGAUUGAGUUUGAGAGGCUGGCGAAUAACAUUGAUCUGGUCCUCCACCAUCUCUCUCUCCCUCUAACCGGCUGUAUCAGUCAAUAUAUCCUGCUUAGAGGCUGAUUUGUCAUAUUGUGUUCACUUACAUUGUGGACUGUGUUUUCUAACAUCGUUGCUGCAUGUUGCAGACAGAUUUAAGACUUUAGAGGACACCCACCCUUAAUCGUUCUGCUUGGAUCUCUAUGCUUUGGAUCUAGGGAUUUGAGGCCCCUUUGGGGUGGGGGUGGUGGGGGGUUAAACACAAUAAUUAGAUUUAAACAAACCCCCCCGCCUAGGACUCGAGGUCUAUUUUUAACCAAAUAACUUUUUACUAAGUUGUUACAUACAGAGCACCUGUACACCAUUUUUUUUAUUUUGCAUUAAUUGCAUGCAAUUUUAGUACACAACAUCUCUCAGUCAUUCAUUAUCAACCUCGGAUCUUCAGGCGGUCGAAACAGCUGAUUCUUCUCUGCGAUCUCCGUCUUUUACACAACUGGUAUCAGAUAUCACACACCCGAACAGGAUACUAUCAGACCCCAAGCUGGUCUACCACGUCGCUGGUCCCUCUGUGCGUGCGUGCGUGCGUGUGUAUGUGUGUGACUGUUUGGAUUGGAUUUGACGAUCGGAUUUCUCCUACACCCUGAGCCCCGUCACUCGCCAUGCCCGGCCCGGUGGCCGGUAGUAAAUCUCGGGUGUACGCCGAUGUCAACACUUUGAAGAGCAGGGAAUACUGGGACUAUGAGGCCCAUGUGCCCACCUGGAGUAAUCAGGAGGACUACCAGCUGGUACGGAAGCUCGGGAGAGGGAAAUACAGCGAGGUGUUUGAGGCCAUCAGCGUCAACAAUAAUGAGAAGGUUGUGGUCAAAAUCCUUAAGCCUGUCAAAAAAAAGAAGAUCAAGAGAGAGAUCAAGAUCUUGGAGAACCUUCGUGGGGGAACCAACAUCAUUCAGCUAAUGGACACAGUAAAGGAUCCUGUGUCUCGAACGCCCGCGCUUGUCUUUGAAUGCAUCAAUAACACUGAUUUUAAGGAGCUGUAUCAAAAGUUAACAGAUUAUGAUAUACGUUUUUACAUGUAUGAGCUUCUCAAGGCUCUGAACUACUGCCACAGUAUGGGGAUCAUGCACCGUGAUGUCAAACCCCACAAUGUCAUGAUUGACCACCAGUUAAGGAAGCUGAGGUUGAUAGACUGGGGCCUGGCUGAGUUCUAUCAUCCAGCACAAGAGUACAAUGUCAGAGUGGCAUCACGGUAUUUCAAGGGUCCAGAACUGCUGGUGGACUACCAGAUGUAUGAUUACAGUUUGGACAUGUGGAGUCUCGGCUGUAUGCUAGCCAGUAUGAUCUUUCAGAAAGAGCCCUUCUUUCAUGGCCAAGACAACUACGAUCAGUUGGUGAGGAUCGCAAAAGUUCUUGGGACAGAUGAGUUGUUCGGAUAUUUGCGCAAAUACCACAUUGAACUGGAUCCACGAUUCAAAGACUUGCUUGGACAGCAAACACGAAAACGGUGGGAACAGUUUGUGCAAACAGAGAACCAGCAUUUGGUGAGCCCAGAGGCUCUGGACCUUCUCGACAAGCUGCUACGCUACGACCAUCAGCAGAGACUGACUGCCACUGAGGCCAUGGAGCACCCUUAUUUCUAUCCAGUGGUGAAAGAGCAGUCUCACACUAAUACAGAUGGCACCAUAGUGACAAGUGGAACCAACACACCCCGAUGAGAGCAGGAACCAGAAAAGGAAGACGUUUGUUACCUCAAUUUUCUAUCCCUCGUGUCUGAAACCUCUUCAAGUGUAAAGUGAAAGUUGGAUUGGAGCAGCACCUUGUCUCUUAGACACACACACACACACAUACACCAUCACACACUCACACAGACUCAGACAUUUCACCUUUCCAUGUCUGUCAAGGUCGGUCUGCCCCUCAAAAACAGGUCUGCUCCUCUAGCUUGAAGAUUUCAAAGCUUUCCCUCCCUGUUUAGAAAGUCUUGAAGGAAUAUAUCCUUGGCUCCACCCCCAAGUACACUGGGCCCACCCUCCUUAAGCUAGGCAUGGAGAAUGAAGACCAGAAUAAGCCCUUCCCCCUCUCUCCUUAUUGGUCUGUAUGUCUGUCUGUUCAGUAUUCAGACCUUGGCGCAGCCUCUGCAUACUCUAGUAAUAAAGUGGCAUGGUGGACCUUUAUUUCUUUGCUCUAGGUAGA